AUGCCAAGAUUCAAAUCCAAAUCACAAUCCAAGAGUCACUCAGCAGAAAUGUCAGACCAAGACGUCCCGUCCGAGCCGUUCCGAGGCGACCCGCCGUCGACCGAGGUGCUGCUGGAGAACCUCGAGCAGUCCCAGGCCAAGAUCGACGAGUGCUACCAGAUCGCCCUGGCCAACGAGCGCGAGAAGAAUGCGAAGCUCGAGAAGGAACUCGCCGACGCUCUCGAGUACUACGACAAGCUGGUCAAGCAGCUUGAGGCGCUCAAGAUUGCGGCCGACAAGAAACGCGAUGCAGCAAAUAAUCCGCCCAAGCAGUAA